AUGAUUUUGUACCACAAAUGUAUUAAUUACAAAUUAUCAGAUAGUGAUACUAACUUCAUCUUGAUUGAAAUAUCGUUAUCCAAUGAAACUUUGUAUGUAGGUGGAUUGUAUGUUCCUCCUAACUCUCUGCCAUCUUUUCAACUACUAUCCAAACAUCAAAAUAAACCAUUUUAUACAUUCGGUGACUUAAAUGCCAAACGCACAGAGUGGGGAUGUACAAAGAAUAAUACAAGUGAAGUACAACUUCUAAACUGGUUGGAAAUAAGAGGAAAUGAAUUAAUCGUGCCUCAAAAAGCAACAUCAAAAAGAUCUGAUUCAAUCAUUGAUUUUGGUAUCACUCGCAAUGCAACUGGUUGGACUUCAGAAGUAUUAGAUGAAGACACAUCUGAUCACUAUCCGAUACUAUUUCAAUCAUCAAUUGCAGUUGAUGAAAAUUCUUUUUUAUAG